AUGUGGCUCUACCAUUUGCUGCUGAUCGUCCUUCUGGAACGACUGGUGUCCGGCACCACCUGCUACUUCCCUGAGGGCAACGUGGCCGAGGAUUACACGCCUUGCUCCGACAAUGGCGUCUCGUUCUGCUGCAAUAAGAACUCGAUUUGCUUGAGCAAUGGCCUCUGCACCUCCAUGCAUCAACCGUAUGUUCUCGGCCGCGGCGCCUGUACCUCCCAAAGUUGGAACGAUACCUCGGUCUGCGACGAUGUCUGUCAUGGAAUCACCACCGCGUGGAGCAGCGCGUGCUCCCUCAUCCUCUACAGUGACAUGAACGGAGUCAAGCUAUAUUGCCCCAACUCGAUUAUUUCCAACGGGACCAACUCCAUCGGAUGCGCCAAUGGUGUCUCGCCCAUUUCAGUGGGCACUGGCAAGCCCAUUGCUGGCAAGGCAUAUCUGGCUAGCUACUCCCUCCUCCCCACUGCUAGCACCGCCACCAGCACCGCGACCGCCACCUCUACCACUGAGCCCAAUACCUCGUCCUCCUCCACAGCCGAUGAAAGCUGCAGCAGCCCGACCGCGGCUAAUGGCAAUCAAGUCAGCCGGGCGACCGUGACCGCCGUUGGGGCCGGGGUCGGCGUGCCCCUUGGGCUGCUGGCGUUGGCAUCGCUGGGCUAUGGUUUGAACGAGAGGAGAAAGCGGCUCCAGCUCCAGAAUGCCCCGCCAAACAUGUACCAGAUGCCGGCGGCCUCGUCAACGUCCUACCGAUCGAGGAAUAUGGGCGCGAAGGAGCUAUCUGGCCAUAUACCGCUUCAUGAGCUGGACACGUGA